AUGGGUUCGGUAGAAGUGCCCAAGCUACGAAUAGCAUCCGCUUCAGGCUCGGUGACCGAUCGCAGGUGUGGUUUCGCUAGCCUGGCUGAAAACGAGCCCCUCGACUUUAUUGUAGGCGAUUGGCUGUCUGAAUACAAUAUGACAACAAGAGGUGGAUCGAAGAUCGGUAACAGUGCAACGUCCGACGAAUUUGAGCCAUCGUUUCUUGAGGCCAUCAUCCCUGCGUUACCACACUUGGAGAAGAACCACAUCAAAGUCGCUGUCAACGCCGGUGCAAGUGACACCCAAAAAUUACAUAAUACUUUGGUCGAGCUCAUCAGUUCCAAAGGCCUAAAUCUCAAGGUUGCUUGGAUUGAGGGCGACGAAGUUUUCGACGCCGUGGAUAAGGCUUUGAAGUUGGGCAACGGCUUCACCAAUUUGACAACUGGUCAACAAAUUGCCGACUGGCAAUUCGAGCCUAUCUAUGCCCAAGCAUAUCUGGGAGGCUGGGGCAUCGUCGAGGCCUUCAGGCACGGCGCAGAUAUUGUGUUAUGUGGUCGAGUUUCUGACGCAUCUCCAACCAUUGCAUGUGCUGCCUACUACUACGGGUGGGGCAAAUCAGAUUACGAUCAGCUCGCUCAUGCCUUUGUUGCUGGUCACUUGAUUGAGUGUGGAACCUAUGUGACGGGCGGUAACUUCUCCGGCUUCAAGAGCCUACCAGGACGGUCGCUUGAUAUAGGUUUUCCCGUGGUCGAGAUAGAGUCAAACGGUCAUUUCAUCGUCAGCCAACAAAAAAAUCGAGACGGCAUGGUAACUGUAGAUACUUGUAAAGCUCAACUGCUUUACGAAAUUCAGGGUCCAUUUUACUACAACUCGGAUGUGGUGGCGAUUCUCGACGAGAUCAAGAUGGAGCAACGAGGUGAGAACAGAGUACCGAUGCUCACAGCAGUUAGCCACGUUUCAAAUGUGGGAAGCCGGAAACCACCUCCAACCACAAAGGUUGGAAUUACUGCUCAUGGCGGCUACCAAGCCGAGUUGCACUACUUUUUGUGCGGGCUUGAUAUCAAGGAAAAGGCGGCUAUGCUGGAGAGACAGGCGCGUCACCUUCUCGACGAAUCUAAAUACCAUUGCUUGAAAUUCCGGAUCAAUGGCUCUUGCCCUGAGAAUCCUUCCAAUCAAGACAGUGCCACCGUCGACCUACGAAUUUUCGCUCAGUCAAAGGACGAAGAGGCACUUUCUUGGGCCAAUUUCUUCCGUCCAUUGACCGACAACAUCAUGCAGACUUACCCUGGUGCUACUUUUGCCACGGACGCUCGCCAAGCAACUCCCAAACCAUAUUACGAGUACUGGGUAGCUCUUUUCCCUCAGAAAGAUGCUAAACAUGUAUGCCAUGUUCCAUUCAAGGGAAUAUCCAUUCCGAUUGAGCCACCCGUUGAUACCGUUGAAUUUCUUCAUUCGCAAGCAUCAUAUAAUACGGCAGACGCUAUCGAUUUUGCAUCAUUUGGGAAGACGACGAGGACAGCGUUAGGAGCUGUAGUACAUGCUCGAUCGGGCGAUAAGGGAUCAGACUGCAACGUAGGGUUCUUUGUCCGGAAUGCAGACGAAUGGGAUUGGCUUCGUCACACGCUCAGCAUGGAAAGGAUCAGAGAGCUUCUCGGGGAUGACGAUACAGGAAAACCCAUUUUUCGUUUUGAAUUGCCAAACAUUCACGCUGUCCAUUUCCUCCUCAAAGAUCAUUUAGAUCGAGGUGUAGCCUCAAGCUCCACAUACGACGUACUUGGCAAGAAUCUGGCAGAAUAUUUGCGUUGCAAGUAUGUUGACGUUCCGGAUAUCUUUCUGCGGAGAGGCAGAAUCUAA